UGAAGACGUAAGAGCCUUCCGUUUUAAGUUGCGAAUAAUUUUGAAAGUUUGUAACAAUUUGAACUGGUUUAAUUCAUAUUUUUUCUCUUCUUUGGAAAGGUUGGGAGGAAAAGCAAGCUAGGGACUUUUCUAUUCAACAGCACUAGAGAUGAGAUUCCUCGCGAUCGCUCUCAUCCUUGUGGCUGCUUUGGCCAACGCCAAGAACUUACACAAAAGAGAUGACUUUUAUAAUUCGCCAACAGCCGAUCCUUUUGAUAUUAGUAACUCAGAACAUCAAACUUCUGAUCAGACGUUUGAAAAUUUCAAAACAGAACCAACAAAAUCAUCCAAUGAUGUAUCAAAUGAUUCUGACUUCCUCGAAGAAGAUGAGGACUUUAUGAAGCCAGUCAGAUAUAACGCUCCUGCAAAAGCCGCUGUCCGCAAGGCGAAAAAGCCUCUUCAAGUCCCUAAACUUAGAAGUGCGGCGUUGGAUUAUAUGAACUACUUCCGACGCACUCACGCUGCAAGUCCCUUAAUGCUCCACGGGCCUCUGACUUUAGGAGCACAAAAAUGGGCCAACAAAAUCGUCAAAGCUGGCAAAGUCAGCUAUGACAAAACUACAACCCACAACCAAACGAUCUGCAAGAAAAUCGGACAACAAGAUGAUGCCAUCAGGGACUGUGUAGUCUCUUGGUAUGCCAAGAUUAUGAAUUAUGACUGGGCUCAUAAAAAAGUUAACAAAGACAACAGUGACUUUGUGGUUCUUAUUAACCGCCAAACUACUCAUGUUGGAAUUGGCGUCUCAAGAGGGCCUCUUGGUAAUGUGUAUCUUGUAGCCUUCUACUCACCUAAGGUCAACCCAAAUGCUUUGACAGAGAACAUCCUUCCUUACACAGAUGUUUUCGCUGCUGCCGAUGGAGUUAAGUGUCAAAAGGGAUAUACUGAAUACCAAGGCACAUGCUACAAGCAUCACACUGCUAAGAAGAACUGGAUGGGAGCUGUAGUUGAGUGCGCAAAGGAGAAUGCUGUAGUCGCAGAUAUCAAGAACGCUGCUGUUGAAAAUGCACUCAAAGCUAUGCCACGUAAAAAUCCCACGAAGCUUCUGUGGGUGGGUCUAAAUGAYAGAGUUAAAGAAGGAAUGUACAGCUAUGUUGACGGAUCCCCCGUGUCUCACUUGAACUGGAAGACAGGGGAACCACAAGGAAAGGGUCAGAACUGCGUUGCAAUUAAUUUCAAAUCUACUUUUGGAACAAUGUACGACAGAAAAUGCACAGAAAAACAACAAUUCAUCUGCAAAAAGCCACUGGAAGGAAAUGUUCUAUACCAAGUAUCUCUCGAAAUGCCCAAACUGAACUACCAGAAAGAGUUCAGUGACCAAGGAUCAAUCUCUCGUCAAAAGCURAACGCUAAAAUUGAAGCAGCAUUCAAAGCUACUUACAAGAAAUCCACCAGCUUCGUCAAAGUUUUUGUGGUUGAGGUUAGUGAUGGUACGGUCAAACCAAAGCCAAAGCCAAAGCCAAAGCCAAAGCCAAAGCCAAAGCCAAAGCCAAAGGGUAAAGGCAAAUAUCCCCAGAAUCCUUACGCCUCACGAUAUGGAUACAACCCUUACCAGGGCAGUCGCUUCUCGGGGCACUAUAUGGGAAAGAGACAGCUCGAGCCAACUGCAACAGCUAUGCCUUCAUCAGUGAGUCCAACUGUGCCAUAUUCUGACAGUCUGUCUGAUUCAAGUGACAACCUUGAAGAUAACUUUUUGGAAAGCUUUGAAGAUAAGUCCAAGAAGGCUAAGGCUAAGGCUAAGCCUAAAACUCCACCAAAGAAAACCAAAGUAACGAUUGUAGCCAAGUUUGGCAAGCAGAACCUUCCAGCUGAUCCAACCAAAGUAUUCCAAGAUUAUCUUACGAAGAACAAGCAACGAAGCGCUGCGCCUCUUAGCCAGGAAACAAAGGUUCUCUCAGUCAAGCUUCUUCCUCCAGGAAGCGAACCCAUGAAACAAUUAAUUUGCGACACAUCAUGUGCAAGUACAUGUAGUUCAGCWUGCAGUCCAAAUUGCUGUUUCCAACCACCAACCUACUCAAGUUACCAAUCUUCUUACUCCCCCUGCUACCCAACACCAUACAACCCAUGUGGUCAGGCAGCUGCCCCUGCACCUGCACCAAAACCAUCAAAACCAAAGGUUAUCUACUCGUUCCAAUCACCAAGACCAACUUUCCACGUGCCAAAAUGGCAGCCACCUCCUCCUAAGCCAAAGGCACCAAAAGCCGCACCCUGUACUCCAACUCCUGUGAAUCCAUGCCAAACUCCAGCAUUUUCUUACGGAUAUGCUGCUCCAUCAUAUCAGGCAGCCCCAUCAUAUCAGGCUGCUCCAAUGGCUCCUCCUUGCACACCAACCCCAAUGAAUCCAUGUCAAACUCCAGCUGCUCCUCUCCCACAAAUGAAAGGAGCCGUUAAUCUUCAAGGAUAUACUGCACAUUAUGGCAAAAGGUCUGUUGUUGCAGGAGGUUCUUCUGCUCCGUGUGGUGCUCCACCAAUGAACCCAUGCGGCCCUCCAAUGGGAAUGCAGAUGCCCAUGGCUCCACCAAUGGCACCACCAAUGAUGCCACCACAAAUGCCACAAGGUGCUCCCUGUGGUGCUCCACCAAUGAACCCAUGUGCUCCACCAAUGCGUCCUCCAAUGGCCCCACCAAUGAUGCCACCACAAAUGCCUCAAGGUGCUCCCUGUGGUGCACCACCAAUGAACCCAUGUGCUCCUCCAAUGGCUCCUCCAAUGGCUCCUCCAAUGGCUCCUCCAAUGGCUCCUCCAAUGGCUCCUCCAAUGGCUCCUCCAAUGGCCCCACCAAUGAUGCCACCACAAAUGCCUCAAGGUGCUCCCUGUGGUGCACCACCAAUGAACCCAUGUGCUCCUCCAAUGGCUCCUCCAAUGGCACCRCCAAUGAUGCCACCACAAAUGCCUUUUGGAAGCCCAUGUACACCAACCCCAGCAAAUCCAUGCAAAAAGCCAAAAGCAGCUAAGAAAGGAAAGGGCAAAAAGAAGGGAACAUCAGUAAAGCGUUGCGGUCCUCCUCCAUUUAUGCCAUGCGGAGGUUUUGGAAUGGCACCACCAAUGCCUAUGCCAAUGCAAAUGCCUAUGCAACAGCCAAUGCCAAUGCCAAUGCCAAUGCCUAUGCAACAACCAAUGCCAAUGCAGAUGCCCUUCGGCAACCCAUGUGUCCCAACACCAUACAAUCCAUGCCCUCCAAAACAAGCUAAGGCCAAAAAACCUGCACCCAAGAAACCAAAAGCACCUGGYGCCCCAAAACCAUUGGUUCUCAAUGGAAUGACAUCACCAUUUAUAAGUGGUUAURUUCUACCAGGACCACCACCACCAUACAUCCCACAACCCCCAAUGAUCCAGUUUACAGGAAGCAAUCCAUGUCUACCAAGCCCAAUGAAUCCUUGUGUUAAACGUGCGCCAGUCGCUCGCCCAAAGCCAAAGAACGCAAAGGCAGUUGCCAAGAACACCACACCUUACCAAUCUUAUGGAGGUAUUGACUAUCACCAACACCAAGUGACUCCCCCAGUUCAAUCAAUGCCUUAUAAUCCAUAUGGUUCAGCUUAUGGAUCAGCUAUCCCUAGCCCCCUAGGAGUACCUCUUAUCCCGGGGAUGAACUACCCUAAAUGUUUACCUAACCCCACUAACCCAUGCAAGCCACUUAAGUUUAAACAGCCCAAGUUUAAGCCAGUUAUUAUUAAGCUGAAGUCUACACCAAUUCAGAUCAAGGUACCUCAGAAUCCCAAUUUGGCUUCAUUGAUGCAGAUUCCAUUAUCAAACCAACCCUGUCAUUCGUCCUGUAGUACACAGAGCUUUUGCCCAUCCUACUGCUCUAAGCGUUGCUGCAUGGCAAGAGGAAAACGCCACGAGUAACAUUGAACCUAUCGGUAUUGAAAACUUGAAAUAAUCUUACUAUAAUGCAGUAUUUUGAAAAUUUUGUUUUCAAAUCUGUGUAAAAAAAAAAAAGUUUUGAAAAGUCAACAGAACAUAUCUUUAACGUGGAUUUUUCUUUUUUACUCUAGCGUGGAAGUGGUAAAGAAAAGUAUGGAUAUAAAAUACCCUAACACCAAAAAGCGAACGAUAUCAGUUUAUCUUAACAAAGAAAAUGACAAAGUAUAAGAUAAAAUUAGUAAAUAACAACUUAGAGAGUUUAAAAAGAUGCUAAUCUUAGGUCAUAGAAAAGACUUUCAAAUUGCUAUGGAAAACAACAUUUUCCCACUUUCCUUUGUUUCACUUUUUAAAGCACGAAGGACAACGGAGAAUUGCUGACAUUAUUUUCUAUUAGCAUACUAAAAUGUUACUCUAAAAGGCCGGAUUUCAAUGCAUCUCUUACCUCGUUGAAUUAGGGAAUACUAUAUUUGAAGUAACGUCAAUUGCUCAACGCAUUUGAUAUCCGACUAAGGAUAAUCAUUCCAAAACAAAACCGAAKGAAAAUAGUAAAGUAUAUUUCAGAUUCACGAUAUAAAACACAAGGGAUAUUGAGUUUGUUAAAACACGUUUGGGCCUGAAAAUUUUGAUUGCAAGUAAAUAGAUAUAUAUAUAUAUACAUACUCAAAUCUUUACAAUUUAAAGAAAUUCAAUUGAGAGUUUGAAUCAUUUUUCUCGAUUUGCGACAUAGAUAGCUAGUAAUUUAUUAGUGGUGAAGUGUAACUGUUGGGAUAAUGUCGUAUAAAUAGUAUAACUAAUAAAUCACAAAUAAACAACUAUUAUUGA